CUACGAGAGCCACACACAGAGCCGACUGCGCAGGGAGGAGCCAGCCCAUGCGGGGAUCCACGUACCGAACACGAAGUUGUCUUUGACGUAUUUCUCAGCGUCGGCGAUUGCCGCCUGGAUGUUCUCUGCAUUCUCGUUGCACCUCCCGGCCACGAUUGCCGCAUCGGCACCCUCAGAACAUGUGGAGACGUCUCUGCACACGCAAACAGACAUAGCAGAACAGACAAGACACGACAGACCGUCAGCCACUGAGGCUGCAAGGCGAUGUCUGUGAUGCAUGACCUCGCGAGCACCUUGAGGGGGGUCGUGUCGCUCGCCAAAUCUUCCGAGAAGACGAGACCUUCAACCAGAGACCGACCGUCAUGUCAUGCAUGUGUGCACUUUCGCCGACGGACGUCUAUCACUUACGAUUGAGAUUCAGGCCCCCUGUGAAAUCGAGGCUGUCCUUCGUCUUGACAUUAGUGUACAGGAACACGCCCCGGGCAUCCAU